AUGUCAACCAGCGCUCAAGCCCUCACCAGCGUAUCAAUGCCCAUCUACCUAGCCAUACGCGUUAUAACCGAUGCGGCUUAUCAGCCCGUAAUCAAUCUAUGCGCUAUCACUUACGCCGACGAGCCAUCAGGGUGGGAACGAGAAGAUUACAUCCAGCCCGAAUCGUACUUUGACCAAAACGUCAACGAAAUGCAAAGACACAUAUGGAUCUACGCUUCUGCUCAUUUUGCGCUGGCACCCUAUACUCGCUAUAUGAAGGUCACCAUACGCUGCUGGGACGACCCCGACUCAGAUACGCGACUAAGUAUCAUCGCAGCUGAUGAGCAUAAGCACCUGGCCGAAUCACUUGUACAAGAGGAUAUCGACCAUUUUAUUGACAUGGAAAUACACAAACCAGACGGCCAGAAGCCGCGCCUGGUACACGGAAUGACCGGUGCGGCCUUCCGUGCUGGAAUCCAAGAUCCAGUGACUGGUCGGAGGUUCGCGUGGUCUUUACGGGAGUUGAAUACAUCCAGCCCCGGGGCUCACCCUGUAGGCAGGCGCACUUUGCAAGAAGAAAAGAAGUUGGAGAGAGAUAGGCAACAGAACGUAGAUCCGGACGAGAUUGGGCGUGUGGAGGAAGGCAAGAAAGAGAGACUGGAGCUUCAUGGCGGGUUGGACUUGGUCAAGGUAGACAUGAGGGUGAAAGAAGAGGAAGUGGAAAUAAAGGCGGAAACGAGAGUCAAAACUGGGAAAGUGAAGACGGAAGUGAGAGUGAAGAUGGAGGAAGUCAAGGUUGAAAAAACAGAGUAG